CUCUCCUUGCGAAAUGACGUUAGCCAUCCGCAUCUGAGCGAGGACGUGUCCGCCGUGCAGGAGGCCGCUUUUUGGGUGCUCGACUUUCUUCCGCGGCGACUAGCACUGGAGGAUGGCCAGCUCGCUACAGCUCUAUCGGCACUAAAUUGGGUUACAGUUGUCUCUGGUACAACGACAAACCAAGAACGUGCAUGGCAAACGGAACAAAGAAAUGAAGAGGCAGUUGUGACGUCGUCGGCCUCCCGGAGAGGAAAUCUUCACAACGACGCCGCGCAAGACGACGACUCAGACGUCGCACCGUCGCCAGCGUCCUCCAGUUUCUCACAUGUAGUGGACACCACGAUGCACCAGCACCUCCUACCCCGACAGGUGAGUCGCGAAGUUAAAGCGCGGCAGACGCAGAUUAUCGGAGGUGCAACGCCGGCGGUGCGGGAUGAAACUGAUUCGACUCCGCGAUUAUCGCCUACCAUGGAUCCUUUCUCGGGUCGGAUUUCCCUGGGUGAGGGUAGCGGCAGCAGCUGCAGCCCGGAGCCGCGACGAGGAGGUCCUUCGGGGCUGGCGAGGAGUUUCCCAAAAGCCUCCGCGGAACAGAUCUUUGCGCCGCUUCGUGGUUCCAUUAGUCAGGACGAUAUCAAAAGCAAAAAGGCGCCUGCAACUUUUACGCAGCUACACGAUCCGCACGUGGUGGUGCGUCAGUUCGAAGAGGUUCUAUCGCUGCUCCCAGAGGUCGCGGGGCACCAACGACAGACUCGUGAUGUUGUUGUUGAGAUGGCGGAUUUAUUUGUGCAGAAGAACAAUAAGCUAUUCCCGGAUAGCCAGCCUGGUAUUCGGGUAGCGGAGGAGUAUGUUGCAGUUGUUCGUCCGGCGCUUGACCGGAUGAGCGAGUCCUUGCAGAAAGCCAUCCGCAAGGGAACCGUGGCCGCACUGCAAGCGGGUCUCGAUCGCUACCGGCGGAAACUGUACAAAGUCGCACAGGGGACACUCUUCGUACAACUGAAGAUGGAAAGUGCAAGAACAUCUGCCGAACACGGAAGAGAUGUUUCGGAGGACCAAGAACCAUGUUCGAAGAAAGGGGACGCUGAGCACGAGCAACAAAUUAUCCACCCGCAGAAAAAAGCUACCACAUUUGCAAUGAAAUUGAAUUAUGAAAAAAUUAAGAGAUACACUUCAAAAAAAUCUUGUAUAACGGCUGAACCAGCAUGCUGAGGGCGCAUUCGUGUCACAUCAUUAAAUUCAUUUUCGAAUUGAAAAGGUGUUAUGCUAGUAGAUUUUUUCUGUGGGAUACAAGUCGAAAGUUGUUUUUUCCGACCCAGAAGCCAGAGCUUUGAUCAGCGGACACAAGCUGCGGACCAAAGUAUGACAUUCAGCUUUCCACCAGUGUAUGAGCAAGCCGAUACCAUGUUGCGGCAAAUGGUGCAGAGUCGGCUAACCGCCCAGGCAGCGCUGACCCGUGCCAUGGAAUCGCGCGACGCAGAGCAGCUCCGCGCCGCACUCAACCGCGCGCGCGUCGUCGGCUUGGAGCCGGAAUUUUGCGAACCCGCGAUGACCAUGUUGGAGCAUGGCACUGCCCAGGACGGGAAGAUGCAAGUAGCCAGCACCGACGCCGCGUUAGCAGGCCGGCAAGAAGAGUCGCAUCCCGCACAAAGCGGGACGGACGAGGACUCGGAAACAGAUGAGCUGGCUCGACAAGAAAAUGAGGACCGAGCAGCACGCUUGCAACGAAAACUGGAAAAAGGCCCGCAGAAAUGGAGCUACCAGGCGCCCGGCAUGACGGCGGCUCAGAAAAGCCGGCUGACGCAACACUACCGAACUGUCGCUGCCCAGUACCAACAAGGAAACAACCCGAAGAAACAAGCACUUGAACAAGACGACACUGCAGAAGCAGAAGAUGCUGAAACCGCUAUGGACGCCGACACCACGGCUCUCUUCACUUCGACAACUCCAAUUGCCGACCCUGCCCUACCGGGAGGAGACCGGGGUGCGCAACGCACUGGCUUGAUGCAUCAUCAGGUGAGCCGAUUUCUGUUUGAAGUACUACAUAAAUAAAUUUGAUGCACGUUGCCAUCGGACUGAUGAAGAAUGUGCUGACGACGUUUUGCUCUUGUAAGUUUGCUGCUUGAGGAGCGCGACAUGAUGAAUUUGAAAACUGCAGGUGAUUGACGCGAAGCCGCGCAGAAAAGCAAAGGGAAGAAUUGGCGACGCCACGAUUUCCAUCGAGCCGAGUGAGUCUCCUGAUUUGCACCGUUCCAGACCGCCUUCGGCACGCAGUUCUUCAGCGACGGUCUUUGCUCAUUUCAGCAGCGCGGGAGGAGCGUUGCAGCGUAGCGAGUCCAGCGUGCCGAGUAACAAUGCCUUGGACCACGUCGUCGGAGACAAAGCUAGUAUGGCGAAUAAAGGAAACAUAGGCGAGGGCAUCGGCGUGGAGGCGGUGUCACCGCCCACACAAAAUCAUGCCGCUUCGGUUUUGCCGACCGACGAUCCUUUCACAUUCCCGUCACUCGGCCCGAUCGGUGGGUCCUCUUCUAGCACAACUACUUUCGGGCGCGGCAAUACGAGCUCCUACAGCUCGCAGUUUCAGCAGCGCCUACAAAGCCAGCCGCUCGACAGGUCCCCGCGCGACCAAGUGGAGUUGUUUUCCUUCCGUCCCAUGAUCACCGUCCCCGCUCGCCGUUGCUUUCUGCACCUCGACUCGCACCUGCAGCUCGAGGCUGGAUGGUGGGGCAUGCGUGUGCUGCAGGCGCACCAGGCCGACCUCCGCCGUGGGGACACCAUUGCGACGAUUGGGCGCGAAUCGCUGCAAGGAUUUGAAGACUUGGCGGAGCUGCAACGCCUGUUUGAGGAAAACUAUUGUUCAGACCUCACCCCGAUCAUCGUGUAUCCCGAGGCCAAACUCGAGGGGGUGAUACCGCACGGCAUUUGCCAGCGCGGACUCCCGGACGACUUCUACGAGGAUUUGGAGGCCUGGCAGGACGGUUACCAGGUCGACGCAGAAGUGGUGAUGGCGGAAGACUACGCAAAUUCCGCCGGGUACAAUAGCUGCCCGCAUAUUUUUAACAAUGGUGAGCAAGCCAGUGUGCUGACCGCGCACAGCAGCAGCGGCGUCCUCUCGACGUCGCACCUCCACGAGAGCAGCUGGAGUAGCAGAGAGGAGCAGGUGGACCACAAUAUGUCUUUUUCGCUUAACAACUCGGCUGCCUCCUGCUCCUCGUCGUCCCGCUCCCAGGGCGGAGGAACGGCAGGUGGACACCUGCAGCAGCACGAUCUGCUGGUGGUGCGUGGCUGCGAACAGGCUCUGAAUGCGGGCGUCGAGGAACUGACGCACCUUGUGGAGCACUACUUUUGCGGCUCCCCGUUGUCCUGCUCGUCGGUUUCCAAUGAUGCGGCCAGUCGGAAAAUUUCCCCCUUGACAAACAGUUCGAACCACCCCGUGAUCAUACUCCAGCGGGCUGCCACCACCGCGGGGGGGAGUGCCACGGGUAAAAAAACGGCGGCUCACCAGUUUUGUCCCGCUCCCACAGCGGCACCAAAAUCCGCUUCCAGUCCCGUACCUAUUCCUGCGGAUCCGCGGAAGGUUGUUCUCGACGCAGAUACUACUUCCGGUGUGUUCACCCAGAGCGAGGGGCCACACGAGGAAGAAGAGUAGAAUGUGUGGCGCAACGACAAGAUCAGAUGUCAAAUUUUGCAAUCACGAGAAGCGAGCCGACGAAGUGAAGUGUGGCGACGACAACUUCUGGAUAACCAAUUUUUUGCUUUUGCGUUUAUAUCGCGUUUCCCUUUUGCUUUUCCGAUUCUAAUUCGAUGUUGUGUUGAUAGGAUACUAGCAUCAAUCGCCCGCAUCAGCAAUAGCAUGCGCUUUCUUUUUUCUAUUUCUCGCUACAGGUUGCGUUCGAAGUGAUACUUCUAUCUAAGUACGAUGAAGUAGCACAGUGCAACGCAUUCAUUUCUGACGAGAGUAACUAACAAUUGGGGAGAACGUACAAAUACAAAAGUUUCCCUUUCACAUCGAUAUUUACAAAGUGGAAAAUUUCUAUCGCAUUCCAAGAUAAUAUCUGUGGCAGUGGCUGCAACAGACCCUCGCGCUGAACUGAUAUACGACGAGCCGAUGUUUUUUUUGCCGAUUCUGCAUACAAAUAACAUCAUCUAUCAUCGGCUGUUGCCUGUACCUGCCGCGCGCUGCGAUUUUUCAUUUGUAGUUGCAGAUAAGCCCUUUUGGCCAUGUAUAUGUCUCACAUAGAUAGUCUCCGGACACGCAUGAGUUUAUGUCUUCGGGGCCGUUCAGUUCUUCAUCAGUCACAGGGGCAAGCGCUUCAAGGUUGCAGCGCUCGCCGCUGCAAUUGCGACUAGUGCGUUGAUAAUUGAAGCGAGAUAAAUCUAACGAAAUGCUCAUCAUGUGUUAUAGAUCAGUGUGAGCUGCCGAAAAUAAAAAAUACUACGAAAGAUAUAUGGGGUUCGUUACAAGCGUUAUAUAGAGAUGAUUCAUUGAAAUUUCAAUUUCUUAGAUAAGAUAUUUAUAAAAACCGUAAAGAACAAAUUGUGCGAUAGCACGUUUUUUUCCAACGGAUUCCAAACGAGUUUGUUUGAUCUUAAUGGGUUUAAAUCAUGUGGAUGCGUAUGCACAUGAUGAAAGAAAGCGAAAAUAAUGAGAUAGAGCUUCUUGGCGAGAAACAAGAUAGUGACAGACAAAAGACAACAGGGUCUUGCGACAUUACUUAGUCUAUUUGUUAUUGUUCUUCGCAAUAGCUCUUGCAUUCCGG